GCCAUUCUUGAGGCAGAAGUCAUCGGAUGAAAGCACCUUCUCACAAAUUUCUGUAGAAUCUUUAUCCCAAAUUGCUUAUCUGGUACGAGUGCCCAACAGAGAAGUUCGCCUGCAGUUGGCACAGACCUUGCUCAGUAUUUACACCACAGACCCACCGAUAAUGGAAUUCCAAGACCUCAUUCCUGUUAGCAAGGCAUUCAAUAUUGAACAAGUCAACCAAAGUGACAUUGCAGAGACCUUAACAAAGUCACUACCUUUAUUCGAAAAUGACAUGGAGGUGAAGAUGUGCUUCCUUGAUGUUCUCCAACACCUGUCUUCCUGCUCACCUAUAAACUGCUUGAAGAUGGUCAACGUGGACGGAGUGAGCAGAAUCCUUGGCCGUUUGAAUGACCAGGAGCCAAGUGGAAAAUUGUUGUACAGAAGCAUUGAGAUACUAUUGAAUCUCCUGGAAUUUGGUGAAGGAGAAGUAGUCGCUAAGCAGUUAAAUUCAUUCAUCUGUAUAUC